GAAAAAAGAGAGAAGGGAGAGAGGUAUUAUUUUUGAGAGUGUGAGGAAGGGUAAGAGGACUGUUCGUCCAAAAGUGAGCAAAGUGCAGACCCCUCUUGAGAGAUCUACUGACGCCCUAUCCUCCAGCAUGGUAGACAUCAGAUGAGAGCAAUGGAAGGUCAUGCUGGACGCAGCGACCGAGAACGAGAAACCUUUCUUUCAGAAACUUUAUGAGGACGUAAUGCAUAGAGAGAGGGAGGCAGAGGCAGCAGCUAAAGCCACAAGUAUUGCUACACAAGUAGCCCUCCUCGAGGUUCCGGAAUUGAAUGAUGACCGGUUCCAGGAUAAGUUAGUUGUUGUCGUAGUAGCCUUGGUUCGACUGCGAACCUUGGAAUUUAUAGAGUCCCGUAUGACAGUUCUAGAGCAACGGAACCAAGAGUUGCAGGCUGAGAUAGUCAGCCUCAAACAAUCCCAACUGUCUGCCCCCCGUCCUCCUAAUCCUCGUCCUGCUGUAGUCCUAGUUUCUCACCCUAACACAGUCCUCAUGCAAAGAGCAAGCGGAACUGUGACGAGUGCAGGAACUGUUGCCAGCUCCUCAAGCAGCAACGCCGACAGUUCUGCACUGGUCCCAGUCCCAAAUGCGGGAACAUCAACCCAAAACGCCGCAGUUGUUAUUGGCGUACAAUACAGCGGUCCCGUAGUGGACAAGAGGGCGGUCACUCUGCCGUCCAAGUACGACGGGAAGGGGGACAUCACCUCUUGGAUUAGCUUCAUGCGCUCAUACUUCGAGGUACUGCGAACACCGCCGGAAGACCAAAGCAUGAUCAUGGGCACGAAUACUGAGCCCGCCGUACGGAGUUUCAUAGAAAUCCAAGAUGUUACUGCAGGUUAUGAGAGAAUUGAUCUGACUGAGUGGUUGAAAGUGACUCCUGUACGUACUCUUGAGGACCUCCUCAUCACGCAGUAUCAAGAUAAGCAAGUUGCACUCAAGGCAAGGCUAAAGCUUGAGGCCCUCAAGGGCCAAAAGUGGAGGACUUCCAUGCAGGCUUUGGAGCAGCACCUGACUGGUCUGUUCACCACUCCAAACCUUGGAUGGACUGACGUGUCUUGCAUGGAUGUAGUUAUGGGAGUGGCCCCUGAAGGAUAUGUCUCCCGGCUAGGACUCAAAGACCAUACGACUUGGCGAGAGCUACUGACGGAUCUAGUCAAUCUAGAAGCCAAGGACGUCGCCAAGCGUGCAAAGGCACCCGCUGCAGGUCGAACCUCGCAACGCAAGCGGUACGGAAGCAGCUAUCAGUUUGCCCUGCAUGAACAUCGGGAGGCUGAGGAGCAGUCGUAUGCGGAUGAUCUUUGUCUAGAUGACAACCUAGAGCCGGACUCCGACGUGGACUGUUCUACAUCAGCCCUUGAGUCUGACAUAAAUGCUGAAGAAAAAAUGCAAUGCCUUUAAAAAGACUGCUUCAAGCAAGGGGUCUAACCGUGGUUCGGGUAAAGGGCCUAUAGCACACCUCCCCAAGAAUGCAAAGAUCCCUGAGAAAUC